AUGCAAGAAUUCGCCCCUUCCAAGUAUCCCCUUCCAUCAGUGGGUUCAUACUUUCCAGAGUCGUACUCCAAUUCCGGUUCUGCGGUAUCAUCAGCAGCAUCUACACCUGCUGGAGCUGGAUUUCCAGUAGAUGCCUCAGCUGAGCCAACACGCAGGAGUACCAGGUCUACAGUUGUGAAGAAGCAUUCCAUUUCUUCCCUUCUAUCUUCACCGGAUUCAGUUUCUAGUGAUAGUUCUGGAGUUUCUUCUCCAUCGGCAUUGUGGUCUGAAGAGAACUCACCCACCACUGCUUCAACUAGCACUCGCAGUAGCUCUGUAGCUAGCAGCCCAUGGACACCGGCAGGACAGACAAACUACAGAGAUUCAUUUGAGGUUGAUUUGUCAAGGAGGAGGGGCAGCCUCUUGGGAUUCGAUCACAUGGACAUGAUGACCGACCAGAAGGUUGGUGCAGAUAUCAACGGUGCAAAAAGGAAGAGCAGGAGUUCUCCUAGAACUGCUACCAACUCUACUAGAUGUGGCGGAGAUGAAUAUGAUGUUCUUGGAAGGAAAAAGCCCAAGACUCCUCGCACCCCCAUGUCAUGGGACCCUCAAGAUGAUAUCUUGCUUAAGCAAUUGAAGGAGGAGCAGAGACUUGGCUGGAAGGAAAUCGCAACACACUUUCCCGGUAGAACUUCCCAUGCUUGCCAGUUCCGCUGGCGCCGUCUUGCUUCUGGUACUCUGAAGUACUACCAUGGACACCGCCGGCCUCCCGUUGUUACAACCACUUCGUCUUCUUUCGCAAGCGAGAUGGCAUCCACAGCGGCCGCCGGAACUAUCUCUAACAGCCCAAAGUUACUAAUGAGCUGUAUCAACAACCAAUCCCCGGCUCCUGUGACCAAUCCCAGCACACCACAGAUGCAUCACUCGAUCCCCCCAUCGAUGCCCCAUUAUGCGCUUUCUACAUCGGAAUCUCCGAUUCGCCAAAAUCACUACUACCAAUCAUUGGCUCAACAGAGACCAUGGGGUCAUUCCGGCUAUUCAGUGCCAAUGCACACGUAUCAAGCUCCACAACUUCCAUCCCCGGCUUCGUCCUCUCCCCGAUACCUCGAGCCCUGGACACCCGCUGAGGAUGAAAUCUUGGUAAACAAAGGCCUUUCAUUCAAUGAAGUCAAUAUUCUUCUCAGUAAAAGAAGUGAGAAAGAGAUUUGCGACCGUAUGGCCAAGUUGAGGUCCGAGAAAUGGCUAGAGCCUAUGCAACACAACUCGGGCUUGUCCCCGGUUGCCGACUCAAGAAUGCUUCGCCAGAACUGGGAUGGGCAAUGA